AAAUUUCAAGGACAACUUUCUGCAACUUUCUGUUGGAUGACUCUUAGCACCUUUAUCUUUUUUUACUGAAAGAAUGGGCUUUAGAGUCUUUCAACAAACCUGGUGCUUCAAUGAAAUUUUGUGUUCUGCUCUUAAGGCUGAUUUCCACUAGGCGAAUUCUUUCGCGCGAAUCGAAAUUUUUCCAGUGUGAGCAUGCGUGGUAUCAUGUUCUCAAGUUUUGCAGCGAAAAAAUUCGAUUCGCAGAAAGUAGACCACGGUCCUUUUGCAAAGUGACCAAUCAGUCGUUGACUUUUGAGUGAGAAUAUGGCCACCAACAACAUAGAAAAUCCUGUAAUUCCAACUUGGCUCAAGGCUGUCUCUGCUGCGACGCAGGCCAAUCAACUAGCAGUUUCCCCGCCAGCAAUCGAAAUGACCGAUACAGCCAGUCAAGAUGUGGAGUGAGGGAUCGAGUCAAAAUCCCUCACUUCUCGCAAACUAAUUAAUUUUUUUUGAAAUUUAUAUAUGAUUACUUUGAGGGGCAUCGGCAAAGGGUGGGUUGGGAGUAAGUGGGCGUGGUACCCCCACCCAACACUUUGUCUGUCGGCACAUAACAGAUUUUUGUCGAGCAAUAGAAGACAUUUUUUUCUCACCCCGUAAUCUUUUUGCAACAUUUGCAACAAUUUUUGGCUUUGCCCCUGCCUGCUUUUCACAUAUAAAAACUACCCCAGCACCGGGAACAACUGUGGAAAACAUUGUUGUCAGUCAUUUCAUUUUCAUAUUGUUGAAUCUUUUUUUUCAAACUGCCAACCACAGCAAACGACUUUCAUUUAAGUUUUAAAUACACACUGAAAUAAGAUCAAUCCAACCAGUUGCUUGUUAAAUCAUAAAGGGAGACUCCCCCUUUUGUCUUUGAACAUCACUUGUAUCCUCUGAUUAAACUUCCUCACCCAACUUACAGGAUUUGCCUAACAUGUCAGCAGAGUUUGACAAAGAAAAAUUUAUAGAGGCAAUCCGGGAUACAAGGUGCAUUUGGGACAUAUGUCACCCCUCUUACAAGAGCCGACAAAUAAAGGCCAAUGCAUGGAAGCAUCUUUCUACUGUUUUAAGUAAAGAAGGUAUGGUAUACAGAUAUCCUGACCAUUUCAUUGCUGAUAUAUUAAGAAUAUUAUAAAAGAUUUUCACAAAAUGAAAAUAACUUGAAGUAUAAAGAAAAUACUUCACAAAAAGAAGUACCAUUUUAUAUUUGAACAUCUGAGUGAGUUAUAUUAAAAAUGAAUUGAAUACUUACUUUGAAUACAAAUUUAAUCUGUCUCAUAUUUCAUAUUGCAUUUUUCUAUUCCUUUUUUUACUGUUUUGCAUUUGACAAGGCAAUAUAUAUAAAUGAAUGGUAACUUUUUCAGCAUGACAGCAGCCAAAAAUGCCCAAUCUGAUUUUUGUGUGGAUUUCAUAGGUAAGCUGUUCAAAAGCAAUAAUGUAUUUUCUAAUUUUGAUUUUAGUUGAAUUUCUGCAAAAACAGUAUAGUAAACAACAGUAAACUAAAAGAUACAUUAAAGAAAUUCCUGGAUAAAAGAAACAAGAUGACCAGGUCAGGAGCAGCAGCAUCCUCUCUCCCACAGUGUAAAUUUUUCGACCAGAUGCUGUUCUUGGUAGAGAAGACAGCCAACCAAGUUACAGAGAGCAAUGUUGCUGCAGCUUAUUCAGGGAGUGGGGUCAAUUUUGAAGCCAGCCCUGUGUGCUCUACACCAGCAAGAAAAAAAAAGAAAGCUAGAGCAAGCAGAUGCAUUGCUAUCCAAUUCUUUAAGGGAAUGUGACAAGCUGAUAAAGAGUACCCUGGAACAAAAAAAAGAUGAAGACUCCCUUUACGGCCGAAGUCUCAUCCCCAUUUUAAGAGAGCUUCCAAAAAAGGAAAAUAGACUUGCAAAGAUUCAGAUCAGCCAACUUUUAUUUAACCUUAAUGAAAAUACCAGUAAAAUAAUGAAAAUUAACAACAAAACAAAAUACUUUUUAAAUUAAUUUUGAAUAUUUUUUCAUGCAUUCAACAUAAACACUGUGAUUGAUCUCUUCAAGGAGAAUUCUUGCUGUAAAUUUUAACUUUUUCAUGUUUAUGAUCACAAAAAUGUUGUCUAGACAUUCAAGUUCUUUUCAUUUUGAAUUUUCUACCUCUUACUUAUUGUUUAAGAAUGACUGUUAAGUUAUUUUUAUUACAAGUUAUGCUGGUCACACCCUAAACUUUUGAUAAUAACUUGACUAAAAAACAUGGUCUGGUCUCAAACAAUUUGCAUUGCAACAUCUUCUUGCCAUUGCACUGAGCCCACUUCUGAAUUGAAGUAAUGUUUAAACAUAUUUCUAACAGUUUUUGCCUCCAUUGAAUAGUUAUUAGAGCCAACAUUAGACAAUGGUUGCAGGCCAGUUUUUUCUGUAACUUGGCUUCUCCAAUCUCCUAGUCUGACACCAUGAGGUUCUCUAUCCAUCUACAAAAUUUGGUGGGCAAUAGUUGCUUUCCCUUUGUCCUUUGUUCCCAGUGUUUGCUUUAAGAAGGAAAUUAUGCAAGCAAACACAUGCUUUUGUUGCCUUUUUAACCUUUUCUACAGUCCCAAUUAUAGGCCUUCUAAAAACUCUGUAACAAGCUGCCAUAAUCCCAAAUGCAUUCUCUAUCACUCUCCUUGCCCUUGACAGUCUGUAAUUAAAUAUGCGUUCCUGGACUGCAAGAUUUUGACCAGGGUAAGGCUUCAUCAUAUAAGAUUUAAGUCCAAAGGCAUCAUCCGCAUCAAAAACAUAUGGUAGUUUAAUAUUGAAAUUACAACUCACUUUGUCAGCCACUGGAAUAUUAAGUUUAUUAUUUUCAAUUGCAUAACCCAUAUGACUAUUUGCAUACACUGAUCCAUCACUUUGGCGGCCAGAAUCACCUAUAUCUAGUAAUAUAUAUUCAUACUGUGCAUUACAGAUAGCUAGCAAAACAAUGCUAUGGGAUUUUUUGUAGUUAAAGAAUGCAGAGCCAGAAUUGUGAGGGGCCUGCAUGACAACGUGCUUUCCGUCCAGUGCACCUAGGCAAUGUGGGAAAUUCCACAUUGUGCUAAACCCUUGGGAAAUACUCCUCCAUUUGCUUCCUUUUUCAGGAAAGGCCCAAAAAACCUUCCCUUUUCAAUGCAGUCCAGAUCACCGGGCACGAAUCAUUUAUUAUUCUGCCCAUCGUAGUAGGACUUAUCCUGUAACUUGCUCCAAUUGUUGACUGUGCAUCGCCAGUAACAAGGUACCUGAGAGUGGCCAUCAACCUUUCGCUUGGACCAAUCGGAUCUCUUAUUUUUGUACACUGUUUUGCGAUUAAAGGAGCAACCCAGGUAAAAAGUUCUUCGUACGUACUUGGUGACAUUCUGAAGCAUUGGAAAAAUACUCUGCGUCAUAGAGAUAGGUAGUGAUGACAAAAACAAAGAGCAAGAAUCUCGGAAAAGAAAGAAGCCAGCAACAUAAAAUUUCUUUUUAUAAAUGCGUAAAUGCAUUAUCUGUUGUAACCUUUGUUUGAGGAAUUUAUCUUCAAAAUCUUUGGAAUACUUUUGAAACUUUACUCAGAUCAAGACCCUGCUGAUGAGCCCAAUUAUUUCAAUUGCUAAUGAAAGAACUUGGGGUAAAGAAACUUAAAAAACAGGGUACAGGCGACAAGCAAAUGGAUUAACAGAACAAUCAAAUAACACUAUAAAACAAUACUUUGCUGCUCACAUAGAGGAUUCUAAGGGCUGGGAUUUGUGGAUGAGAGAAGUUCUGCCACACUUCAAGGAGAUAUAGUCCAGCUAAACGCAUCUUUGGGGGAAGAAAGUACAGAAUUUCUUUUGAUAUUCUUUAUGGGAACUUGAUGUCAUAUUUUGGUAGUUAAACCUUGCAAUGCAUCAAUUUAAUUGUGAAUUUUGAAAAAUAUAUAUUGCUCAUGAAAAGAUGAAGGCCGGACAAGCAAAAGCUGCAACAUAUAUUGACACGAAGAUAAUUGACUUUGAAUUAACUGUUGAAGAUAAGGUUCUUAUAUAUCUACCAAAACUUGAAAACGCUAAGUUGAAGCCAAAAUGGAUUGGACCAUAUGAAGAAGUCAGGAAUGAGCAUCCUUAUUAUGAAGUUUUAAUUGAGAAGACAAGGGAUGGCUGCCAAGAGAUCGAUUGAGGAAAGUAACAAAGAACUUCGCUAAAUCAGAAUUAAAUUUUUACUUCAAGUCUGAUGGCAACAAAGAAAAUGACACAGUUGAUAUCGAAUCAGAUGAUGAUGAUGAUUAUGACAACGAAGCAGCCUCAAUAUAACUUUCAGAUGAGGCAAUUUAUAAUUAUUGUUAUUAAUUACCGAAAGGAACUUUGCGUAAAACAAAAAAUCCAUAUUUCUAUAUAUAUUCGAUUGUGUUAGGCCUAAUGGUCAAAAGAAGUUAUUGGAAGUUAUUGAACUUAGUUGUAGUGAACAUGUAGUCUUAUUAUAAGGGGGGAGGAAUUGUUGUGAUUUUUGUGUUGUUUUGUUGUGAUUGACAUUUGUGUGAUUGUUUGUAAUAAAUAGUACAGUACUUAUUCAAAUAUUCAGAUUUCUAGGGACACAUGAUUCAAGAUUUGUGUGGAUAAUCAGAAAUUCUGGAUAACUGAAAAUCUAACGCACUCAAUACUCUCAAAAUACUCAUAAAAUAUUUAAAAUUGAAAGCAAGAAAAAUGCUCUCCACAUAUUGUCAAAAAUGAUGAAAUUUUUUGAUGUUUUGAAGUUAGUGCUAGGCUAUCAUCCCUCUAUUCCAGUGCCAGAGAAUCAUAUAUGGAAAGAUACAAUAACAAUGACCUGGAAGACAUUGAGAACAUUGAACAGUUUGACUGACUAUUUACCUGAAGCAACUUUCCCUUUUUGUUGUGUUAAUUGAGUAGAUUGAUUGCCUUUUCUUUGGUUUAUAUUUGUUAAACUGCUACUUGCAUCAUAUUAUUAUAUUGUAUCAUUCUAAAGUUAUGACAGCUUCAUUAAAAUAGACAGGUUGCAAAGCGGAUUGACUUUUUUUUCAUUAUGUGGGUUGUUUUCGUGGGUAUAAAUCCGAAAUUGUAGGGAUUUGUAGGAAUAAUUGAGGAAAAGUGCGUGAGGGGAAAGUAGGGAGAAAAGGCAUGCGCUGUAGGUAUAUCUGGCUUUCAUACAUAGGCAACCCUGAUCCCCACAACUGCCAAAAUCGUGACAAGUGAGAGGCGAAAAAUCAGCAUUGUGAGCAUCAUUGCUUGUUUGCUUUCUUGAAGCCAUCCUAAUUGUUACACUUCACUGAAGACAAACAUUAAAAAGAAAGUGAGGAUGGUUUUUUUAUAAUGUUGUGUCUAGUGGAAUAAGGCAUGAAUUCUUACAAUUUUCUUUGUCGGAAUCACUAUAGGGAACUAAAGUGUGACGUCCCGUUGCAUAGCAACCAAAUUUUCUGUUUUAAACAAACCCUACUCUGUAUAUGAAGUGAAUAGUUCAUAAUGAAAGGUCAGCUUUAAACGUGUAUUUCGUGUUAGCAAAAUAAUCAAUUUGAAACAUUUAGUAUGCCUUGAAGCCUUUUAAUCGAUUUGCCGAAAGAAAACAAAUAUUUGGUGGAGCAUACAGUUAAUUUACAAAGUGCAACAAGGGUUCAAGUCUUCACUCCUGAUUGCAACCACCAGUCGGAAUCGCACUACUGUGGUUUCUUUGGAUUCCCAAGCAAAGAAAAAAUUUCCAGGUAAACAAAAGAUGGGUGAAGCUAUUGACAUUAGAUUAAUUCGUUAUUUUCAAAACCGGCGAUGUGAAUUUCGACCAUGGUCUAGAUCGAUACACAACCUGCUUUUGCAUAGCAUACCCUAAUUGUUUCAAUGCAACAUGGAGGUCUUUAGGCAAAAAGUAACCUGAUCCUAAUUUCCGCCACUAUUGAGGCACUUAAACUACAUGGGUACAGACUAAGUAAGGGAUUUAGGGUGAAAGCUCCCCUCCCCCUGCCCUGUGACAGGACAAUCAAAUGUAAUGUUUUGGCGUGGUUCCUUGUCAAUAAUUGAGAUUGAAUUGUGCCAUAAACAUUUUUUAAACAAAAAGAGCCCCUUUUUAGUUAAAAAUUCAUUUUAAGUCUUGGAAAAUCAAAACCUCUAGAGAAAGUCAGCACCUGUGCUCAAAUAUAUUGAAUUUGCUUUUAAUAACAAGACAAUUUUUAAAAAUUAAGAAAAUGAGUUGAGUUUCAAAACUUGCCUUUAUACGAGUCAAAAGAAACAUCUGAAAAGUAAAUUUUAGUUGUUUUGAUAAACUUCUGGUAAAAUGUGGUUCAGUUUAUUUCCUAUAUAGGAGAGAGGAUAGAGAGCCCAGCACCCACUUAAGGGUCUGUAACUGUCAUUUCAGAAAUGGAGAGAAGUGCUUUGGCCCCGAAAUUUAUGGCAGAAAUUCAUGCCCAAGCCACAGGUCAAAAAAAGAAAACAGAGCGAUGAAGCAACAAUUGCAGAUAUUGUAUCUAGGUAUCGAGAAAAUGAGCCACAACCAGUUGUUGAUCAAGAUGUUCUUCCCCUUAACGAAGUAAUACUUAAGGCUGAGCUGGAACAAACAAGGAAUGACUUAGCAGAGAGAAAAAAAGAAGCCUCAUACAACAAAAAACAUUAUCCUGCAUGCACUCUUCACAUGGAAACUAGAGUGCCCACAAAAGAAAUUUUCCAAAUUGUUGUCCGUCAUGCAGGAAGAUUUAAAGAAUCCAUGGUGUAUUAUGCAGGGUGGAAAGUUGUCAGAAUUUCAUUUGAGAAUCAAAUUUUCAUUACACUCACGAAACAACCUACAGUUGGCUUAACUUUUUUCUUGCUGUGUUGCUACAAUUUCAAACACUACAUUCGUUCAAAUUCUCCAGAAAUUGCUGUUCAAACAUAUCAUGCUAUCAAUCCCAUCUAGGGAGAAGAAUGAAUUUUGCUCACCAUUUUCCUUUUCACCCACUGUAGGAUUAUUGUUGAUUGCACUGACAUAGAAGACCCAGUUUAAUGAGCCAACAAAGUGCAACAUACAGAGGUAUGAACUCAUUCAAGUUUCGGUUGGAGUUGCACAAAAUGGAGUUGUUACUUUUCUUAACAACCUUCACCUUGGGUUGAUCUCGGAGAAGUAGCCUGCGCGCAGCCUCAGACACUUCUAUCCCGAAGAGUAGAGUCUGCGAAUUAAAGUCAAAAGGCUUGUUCCCUGAGUCAGCAAAAUCAUGACCUCGUUUCCAAAAAAAUUAACCGCAUAGAUCGCGCGCAGUUAAAUUUAUUCUUCAAUUUCACGAGGCAUUCAAACAGUAUCCUAUCUUGUCAAUGAUGUCUUGCAUUCUUUGCUUCAAAACACUAUCCAAAACGGAUAAUUGUCGUGAUUUUAAUUUGGUGGUUGGCCCUAAGAGUAAGUUCAAUGUUGCAAACGCGUUGCAGGAGCUUGAUGUUGUUGUCGAAUUUAGGCCGGAAUCGCGGUACAUUUGUCGUGAGUGUCUCAGGUUGCUGCAGAAGUUAGAUUCUGCACGGAAAAAGGUAAACGUUCUAGCGGAUCAAGCAGCAAAACAUUAUAUCGAUGGUGCUAAUCGCUGCGGCUUUCCUGUCAAAUCUAGAAUGACAAAAAGAGCCUUGUGUUCUAACAGCAAGAUUCAAAAACCUAGUCUCACGGCAGUGGCGACAUUACAACCAGAAAGUCCUGAUGGUACAAUUGCGGGGCCUGUCUCUGUGAACCACGACAUCUGUACAAGUCCAUCUAUAACAGUCACCAGCACUCCUGUCGGAGCAAAGCGUCCAGCCUUGGAAGGUCUUGCACAGCAUUUUGAGUCAAAGUCACUCUUGCCGGUUGUUGUGGCGUCGACAACUGAUUGUAAAAUACUUCCACCAGGCAAGGAAGAUGUAACCACUGUGUCAGUCAAAGUUUGCUGGAAGUCAAAAACAAGAGAGAAGAAUCUGCCAAAAGAUCUGAUCUCAGUGGGUGCGAUGCUUUGUCGUGGCACUUACAAGCAGCUGGAGUUAAUAUGCUGUUUGGAAGCAUCCUAGCUUACGUGCUCACAUCAUUGAAGCCUUUUGCAAAGAAGUGGACAAAGAGUGUGUGCAGUACUGUCUCCCUACCAAAGAAAAGCCUGGAGAUUCGAUCCGUUCUGCGAAAAUCUUGAGAAAUAGUCCUUCUAAGCUGAAGAGAGCCGAUGGAAUCUACACAGCAAGAAACUGCUUGCGUCUCACUGGCAAAGACGACAUGCUUGGUUUCACGUUUGACAAACUAGAUAAAGAACUGAAGCAACAAAUGCCUUUAUCUAGGUCUGUCCUGAUGACCAUGUGUUGGCGGAGCUCAAAAAGAAAGGAGGAUGACUUGUUUUUCACCCCAGCCGUAGGCAUGGCAGCAGCAGUAUGUCUCAAAAAUAGAUCCAAGCGGAUGACUGCAGUCCAAUUGAUCAUUUUCAUGAUGAUGCAACAUUCUGGCUUUAUGGCAACUUUGUUGCGGCUGAGUGCACUAAGGCUGGCUGUUUCUCACACAUUCUUAUACAAGAAAUUGGAUGAGUAUGGGAGGGAUCAUUUGCGAGACAUUGUAGAGAAGAUUUCAAAUGAGGGGGAAAUGGUGAAAAAUCCAAUAAGCAGUUCCUACUCUGGACGUAAACUGAUCAUUGACAAUUUCAACUUCAGCUCUGAACCUCACCAAAUGACAGCUGAGAAUCAAAAGAAAGUUGUGAAUUGGGUAGGGCUCAUGAUUACAGAGAACCGGAUUUUGGGAGAUGGCUUGCACUCAGAAAAGCCUUCAAUAAAAAAUCUGGCCAAGUUAGAGAAUGGUCUUUGUAUACCAAGCAGUAUGGAGCACAACCAGCAACGCUUGAAUUACAUAGCACUUUGUGGUCGUUUGGCUGUGGAUAGUAUAAAAUGUUUGAAACAAUUGGAAAAGGUUGCAAAUAACCACAUAGUGCAUCAAUAUUCCUCAAAAAUGGCCAUGCCAACUAGUUCUGUGUUUGCUGAGAUGAUUUAUGAAGAUCAAAAUGAUACCAGUGGAAUGCAGAAGGUCAUGACUAAGCUGCAUGACUAUGCCUCAUGCAAUGACAGUACAAAUCCAACAGAGUUUGUAGAGCAAGGUGUUGUUGGGGAACAGCUUACUGUUGAACGUGGUGUUAGUUGCCUUUUGCAGCUUGCAAAUGGUUUCACACAAAAGGAAAGGCUUGAUGGGUUGCACCUUGAAGUUGCUGACUUCCUUCUUCUAGAGGAAUGUGUUGAAAAUCUCUACUGUUUGGGGUAUCUUUAUGCUCAUGGAUUGUUUUUCCAGGUUGCAUUUGACCAUCUAUAUUCUCCAAAGUCAAGCUCAGACAAAUGUACCAUGUUUGCAGACAAAGUGUUUAUCAACAGACGCAAUGUCAGAACUGAUGUAAGCCAGAAGGUAGAAGGUUGCAAACAGUUCUUCAUUUUGGAAGUCACUGCACAUGUUCUUGCUGCUUAUUGUGAGAUACUUGGAAUCAAGGAUGUUGAUGAUGAACCUGAUCAAAAUACAGUUCUUGAUAAUGUAUCAAUGAUGAGCAUCAAAGAAAAGAAAGAGUUGUUAGACAGCCUGUCAGCCAAAGUUGUAGAUAAUUUCAUCAUCAGGAAGGAGCGCAAUGCAAGCAUUGUUAAUCGACAAAUAUAUGAAGACUGGUUACUGGCAACAAAUGUGAAAGAUGAUGAUGGAAUGUAUCUAUGCAGAAAACAUGGCUGUUUACAAACCUUCAAAUUUGACGGGAAAAGAAGAAUUGAACACGAAAAGAUGCAUGGACUCCACAAAGAAGCUCCUAAUACAUCUGCUAUUGUUAAGGAUGACAUGUUCAAUUAUCAAUGUGCCUUGCUCGAUAUUGGCAUGGUGAUCAUGAAUUUUUUUGAUGCUGUCUCCGAGGGUGAUGGACUAAGAGUUGUGCGAUGUUGGAAGUUCAUGCUACUUUAUAUGAAACAAGAUGGUGCCCGCAGCAGGAAAUAUGCACUUGAGGGUCUCUACUUGUUGUUCCAGGUUUAUGCUAUCCUAUCGGAAAGAGAUGCCCAUUCUUUGAUUUGGUACAGGUUCAGCAAGAGUAGACAUGGUCGUGGAGGAAACAUACCCCUGGAUCUAGCUAUGGAGCACUACAACAACUUGUUGAAGAGUGUUAUCAGGAACCUUGGGCCAAAUGCAACAAACACAAGGGCUGUUGACAGAUUCUGCAAGGCACUCACAGUGAACAAGAAGAUGUUGGAGAACUUUGACUCCAGCUGCAAUGUUCUACGAAGAUCUGGAAAGCACAUCAAAGCUAACAUUUCAGGAGACUUGAAGAAAAUAGUUGGGGAAUUGAUAAAGAAUUCUGCACUUCAGGUCAUUCCUGGAAGAAAGUAUAGCUCAUAUGCAGGUGUGAAGCCAAGCUUACUAGAAGAUUUUGACAUCCAUGCAAUGUACAAGUGGAUACAGGAUCACAAAAGUCUUGCAAAAUUGAACAAAGCUGGUCGCUGAAUUAUGUUCUUUCAAUAUUUUCCAUUUUGAAGUCACUUUCCAAAUGACAAUGAAACUGGACUGCAAAGUAUGUUUGUUCUUGCUAAGAAGGAAUUUUCCCUUGCUGAUAUUAAGGAAAAUUUUGUUCAAGGGCUGUUUUGUUGAAAACAGGGGUCCAGGGAUUUUUGCAGCUGUGUAGCUAUCUCUUUCACUUUUCUCAGUUCUCUAUCUCUGUGUUCUGUUGUAAUUUCUUAUGGUGUUGUUUGGUGUUUGUCUUUGCUUAUCAAAUUUACUGUAAAACUGUGAAAGUAAAAGUGUCACAAAAAGUGAAAGUAAAGUUACUGUAAAAGUUUCAUCCAUGGUGGGGAGCAGAUGACCUUGAGCCUUCCCCACAUUUACUUUUAUUAAAAAUUAGGUUUUGAUGUUAUAGAAAAACUGUGUUGACUAAAACAGCUUUGGCUACAGGUUGAUGUAUAAAAUUAACUUCGCAAAUAUAAAUCUAAAUAUUUAACUAUAGAUAAGAAACAUGAAGGCAUUUGGAAAUGGGAGGAGUGUAUA